UUACUCAUGAUGAGAGGUUGGUUAGGCUCAAUAUCCUUCCACCAGAUCAUUUUUGAUGGCCGAGUGCAACAUGUCUCCCAUAUUUUAAUGUAUGAUUAAUGAUAAACAUUGCAUCAGACUAUGAAACAGUCUGCGAUCUAAUUUGAGUCCACCCUGGCAAAGUUGUCAAACAAAUAAUUUGUUAUAAAAAGAAGCCCCACAAGCCAGUGUACAUAAAGGUCCAAAAGAAGGCUAACAUUGCUUCAUUUUUUUCUCCACUAAUAAAAUACCUCUUCACUUGUAUGGUACCUUUUCAAAUACCCCUUCAAAAAGUAAUACCUUAUGUUACUGUUUGGAAAGCAUCCGUUGGCAUACGGCCCUUUACCGACCGUUUCGAGCUUUUAAUGUCUUUAAAGCCCGCUCCCACCCGUCCCUCCCAUAAUUUCCCUUUUGGUUCCCACUGAUUGGGUCUCCUCCCUUCCCCCGUAACCUGUUGUUUUCCUUCCCUCCCUCCCCUUCGGUUUCUGAAGUACAUUUCAAAUAGAACAGCGGAUAGAAGAGGGAGUAUAAUCUCUCUCUCUCUCUCUCUCUCUCUCUCGGCUACCAUCUUGCAGAGCAUUUGGCUGCUCCUAGAAUGCGGCACUUGUAUCUUAGCAGCAGAAGUUUCAAGCGCCUUCUCUCUGUCUCCAUUGGAAAAAGGAGAAGAAUAGAAGGAAGUCCGGAGGAGAAUGGCUCCCCUGGCCAGGAUGAAAGCAAAUCCAUUGAGCCAUCACAGGACGAGAAGCCACCUCAGAAGCCCAGUUGGAGAUGCUUCUCAUAUGAAGAAGUCCACAAAGCAACAAAUGGUUUUCAUCAAGAUAAUUUGGUCGGCAGAGGGGGGUAUGCCGAGGUGUACAGAGGACUGCUGGAGGAUGGGCAGGUGAUUGCAGUGAAGAGGCUGACGAGAGCUUCCACUGAUGAGCAGAAGGAGAAGGACUUCUUGCAGGAGCUCGGGACCAUUGGCCAUGUCCGGCAUCCCAAUGUCUCGGCCCUUUUGGGCUGCUGCGUCGACCGAGAUCUUCAUCUUAUCUUCGAGUUCUCUUCGCAUGGUUCUGUCUCCUCUAAUCUGCAUGAUGAGAAAUCGCCACCAAUGGCUUGGAAGCUGAGGUACAACAUUGCAGUGGGUACCGCUCGUGGGCUUCAUUAUUUGCACAAGGGAUGCCAAAGAAGGAUUAUUCACAGAGACAUCAAGGCCUCCAAUAUACUUCUGACAGCGAAUUUUGAACCUCAGAUUUCAGAUUUUGGGCUCGCAAAGUGGCUUCCGUCGGAGUGGACUCACCGUGCCGUCGCACCAAUUGAAGGGACAUUCGGGUGUUUGGCACCAGAAUACUUCAUGCAUGGGAUUGUUGAUGAGAAGACUGAUGUCUUUGCUUUUGGAGUCUUCCUCUUGGAGAUCAUAUCAGGGAGGAAACCAGUGGAUGGGUCCCACAAGAGCUUGCUUAGCUGGGCAAAACCUUAUUUAGGUGAUGGCACGAUACAAAAACUGGUGGAUCCACGACUAGAACAGGACUACGACAUGGGACAGUUGAAGAGGCUUACCUUCAUAGCCUCUCUUUGCGUCAGGGCAACUGCAACAUGGCGUCCAUCGAUGACCGAGGUAUUGGAACUAUUGGAGGAUGGUGAGAUGCUGCAACAAGAUCGAUGGAAGAUGCCCGAAGAGGAAGAGGAGGAAGAUGAGUUCUGGGGCUUCGAUGAUCUCGACGAUGGAUGGGAUGAAUGUGAUACCCCAUCAUCGUCUUCAUCAACGAGAAGCUCCCAACCAUAACUAGUCUUAGAUAAUCUCUCUUAACAUCCUAACCCCAUUUGAUUGGGGGAGAGAGAGCAUGUACAUAAGUACUCAGUUGUAUUGCCCAUUUGCAUACCUUGUUUAAUACCUGCAGGCCUUUCUAUCUCAAA